GACUCCAUCAACUAAUAUUAAAGCUUUUUCAGUGGAUUCCCAGCUAUCAAUUUUUAAAUACUUUAGUUUUAUUUUAAUUCUUGUAUGAAAUGGAAGCUAUAAAUUAUUCAUUAUUAUUUUGGUACUCCGCCCACAAGCACCAUAACCACACAUUAUUGGUAAAUCUAUGUUAAUAUAAUAUAUUACUAGAACAUUAUUAUUUGGUUGUUUCUCCAUCAAUGAUUUAAAUCAUAGCAUUUUCUUAGAAUUAGUUAUAGAGCAUUUAAGUAAAUAUUAUAUAAACUCUCACCCAUUUUUCACACGAAAGUUGUGAAUCGUCUUUAGAGCAAACGUAACAUCCAGGUGGACAUUCAUAAAGAUAAAUUCUGAAAUUCCUAAAACCCCAUGAUUCCUUAAAUAAAUCGAAUUGUAUACAUCUAUAGCACUAUCAUUUAAAUUAGAUGUUAAUUAGAUGAAACUAGUCUAUCCAGUGUGAUCAAAUUCAACUUAAAUCUGAUAAAUCUAAUCCUUUCUAUUAUCCCCUGUUUAUCCACAUAAAGUCAGAUUACUGUUUUUAUUACUAAAUUAUUAUUGGUAGAUCAGAUCCUAAUCUGUAUAUACAUAAAAAUUUUCAUUAUCCCAUGUAUCUAUACUAUUACUAAGAAUGUAGAAUACAUAAACAAAGUGAAUGUAAUUUCCAUUUUAUAAUGAGGAGGCAACUCUAUAAAAAGUGUAGCAGCAAUCCCUCUAGAAAAUAUAUCAUAUCCUCCAAUUAUUUGAUCAGACCCACAAGUUGAGAUGAUAUUAGAAGAAGUAUUUCCAAAAAAUUACCAAACUAAUUUAAAUGUUUUAUUACAAUCUUAGAUAUCCAAUGUAGAUUCAUCAUAGGCAGAAUAGAAGAGAC